AUGGGAUUUUUUGAAUAUUUCUUUGGAAAAAAAAAAGAACCAGAAAAAUAAGUUAAUUAAACACAAGUAGUUGUUUAAUAAUAAAAAUCUUAAAAAUAAAUUGAAGAAGAAGUUUAUAAUAAUUUCAUUAUCUAUAGAAUUGGAUUUAUGCAUCUAUUCUUUAAUAUUUGGUAUCCCCAAUCUGGAAUAUUUCUAUAUCUGAAUUUAUAGAUUAAAACUGCAUUAUUUUUGAUGAUGAAGAAGAGAAUAAAUUAGAAUAUUAGGCUUUAUUCAAAAAAUAUAAAAGGCUGAUGGCAAAUCUUAUUGAUGAAAUGAUGAAUGAACUCGGUGUAACAGAAGAAUAAUUUGCUUAAUAAGUAGAAAAGGGAUUGAAACAACAAUAAGAUAAAUAAUUAUUUGAACAAUUGUUAACAAUAGAUAAUUUUAUGGUCUUCAAAACAUAAAUGAUUAAAAGAAAUAAAGAAUUAGAAUUAGAAGCCUUAUAAGAAAUUAAGAAGUAAGAUCAGAAAAAGUAUAUGAUUCAUCCAUUUUAUUAGAAUAUCAAAGAAAUAAAUUGUGAAUCCUUAAAAUGAUGCAAAUAUUAAAUUGCUUUAAAUAGAGGCAGAAAAAGCUGAAUUAGAACAUGCAUUAUAAAUGUCCUUAGCAAUUCAAGAAGAAAAGAAAAAAAUGUUAACAGAAGAAGAUAGACAACUAUAAGAAGUAUUAAGACAAAGUUUAAUUGAAUUUUAGUAUAUAUUUUAUUUAUUCUAAGAUAAGGAUUAAAAAAAUAAUAAGAGGCUUUAGAAUUGAAAGUUCAAGAAUUAAAAUAAGCUAGAAAAGAUUAAGAGUUACAAGCACUCACUUUUGAAUAGCAAUAAAAAUUAUUAUUACAAUAAUAAUAAUAUUAACCCAAUUAAGAAAAUGUAUAAUAAUAAAAAGAAAAAAAAUAAUAAUAAGUAGAUAUCAAUUCAGAUGGAACUCCUACUCCACUUUUAAAAUCAGUAAAGUAAACAUUUUAUUUAGGAAUUUCAUUAAUAAAAUCCUUAUAAUUAGGCCCCUACAAUGAAUGAAUUUUAUAAACUAUAAAAUAACGAUAAUCCAAUGCCUUAAUAAGGAAAAGAAGUAUAAAAAUAAGAAGUUCCUAUUUUGUAAUCAAAAAAACUAGAUAAAUUACCUAAUAAACCAGUUUUACCUUCAAUCUAAGCCACUUAAGCUUAACCUAUUAUUUAAUAAGCUGAUUCAGUGAUUUAAUUUGAAAUGGAUGUAGCAGAGGAUGAUGUUAAUGUUAAAAAAUCAGUUAUUGCAAAUUUAGUAUCCUAAAAGUCUACAGAAAUUAAUAAUGUUUAAAAAGGUGAAAGUAUAGAGGAAAGAAAAAUUAGAUUAAUCAAAUAAAGGGAAGAAAUUAGAAAAAGAAAAGAAGAAGAAAAUAAAAAAACUUUAGAAUAAUAUAAAAUAGAACAAGCUAAUGUAUAUAUUUAUAAUGUCUUUUAGGAAUUAAAAAAUAAUAAAUAAGAUGAAGCUUUUCAAAUUUAAAAAAAAAAUACCUAAGAAGAACUUUAAAGAAAAAGAGAACUAUUAGAAAAAAAGAAAAAUUAAAUCAAAAUGUAAAAAGAAAAAAAUGAAUAAGAACAAAUUUAAAAUUAAGAAUUUGAUGUUGAUUUGUUAUGA